CGCUGUUGUUUAAUUCCAAACGUUUAAAGCAGUAGGUCCUAGUAUGGCUGCACACCAAAGAUAGUAAAGUAAUUCACAGGCACCUGUCAGCGUUUCAAAACUAUUAUGAUAAAAUGGUUUGUCAAAGUUUUCCUCAAUGUUAAUUGUCGAGAUGUGCGAUAGCUCUAUACAUGUUGGUAGAACUGUCUGCCUCAUGGCGAUUCGUGGCCUAGUCUUCAGGUGUAGUAGUAAGCCGUAUGACGAACAUAACGAUCUUAAUGGUUUCCGUUGUUUAUUAUUAUUGGUAUUGUUGUGUGAUAUUGUUCGAGGUGAUUUUAAACAUCGUUCCAUAGAAAUUUAAUGAUAAUAAUGCCUAGUUUUCCCCUCCGACUGCUAUCGCGUCCUUCUCAUAGAAGCACUUUCUUUUGGUUUAUAAGUUUCCUUCAUUGUUUCUUUAUCAACGUACAAAGUUACGGGUUAAAAU